AUGGGCACUAGAAUAUCAGCCAGUGAAUCAGAGGACACUAGCCACAUCAACAACAAUAGCCCAAUUGAUCAAGGAAUGGAAGAAUCUUGUGCAAGACUAGAGAAUAAUCAACAUGAUGAUGCAGUUGAAAUGAAUUUUAAUGGGAUUGUAAAGGAAAAUAAUGGGGAUGAAACUGAAAAUAAUGACACUGUAAUGAGUGUUGAAGAGAAAGUACAAGACCCUCAAGUUGGAAUGAUUUUUGACAGUAUUGAUGAGGUGAUCACAUAUUACAAACAAUAUGGGAGGCAAUCAGGGUUUCCAGUGAUAAAGACAUCAUCAACAAACGGAGAUGAUGGAAAUUUGAAAUAUGUUACUAUUUCUUGUGCUCGAGAAGGCAAAUCAAAAAUUAGAAGUAAAGGCCGCCCACCAUUUAAAAGGAGACAAUCUAAGAUUGAGCAAGUUAUUAAAAAGAGACAACGAACGGGAAGAAAAACUAAAUAUCGUCAAGACAAUACCGACGGAGGAACAGAGAUACCUGCACAAAGUGAUGUCUUUUGUCAUACUGAUGCUCCACCAAUUUGUGAAAGUGAUAACUUGGUUGGAACACAAGAGAGCAAUAAUGUUGUAAUGUUACUAGGGCUCACUCAUGGUGGUCAUCCAGAUCAGUUGUACAAACGACCAUUGACAGGAAAUAUAACAUAUCCUACUGUCCAUGAAAAUUAUUUUCAGGGUGACCAAUAUCAAAAUUGGAAUGGAGGUUCUGGUUUGUACAACCUAGCUCUAGUUCAAGAGGAAAUGAUCACCAAGAACUCAAGUGAAAAUAGAAGCAAAAGUUAA